UAUUACACUGAACGAAUCAGUUUGUAGCAUUUCAGACAUAAACAAAUAAUCGAAAGUCGGUCUCCCAAAGAAACGCGGAGUAAUAACUUAUUAAUCAACACAUAAUCUCUAACUCUGACACAAUAGAAAGCCAUCCAUUGGUGGAUCACCAAUUAAGAAAGACAUGGCCGGCAAUCUACUCGUUUUGGAGGAGAAAUCGGUGGCCAAGAGCGUUCAACAAAUGUCCAUGGAAGGUGAUGAACCACCAUCGCAAUAUAUUGUUAAAGGAAAUAGCUUUGUAUCUAAAGAUUCUUCUGCACUCGUUCCAAUACCCAUCAUUGAUCUAAGUCUCCUCUCAUCCGAAGGUGAGAUACAGAAGCUCAGAUCUGCUCUAACUUCAGCUGGAUGCUUCCAGGCAAUUGGUCAUGGAAUGUCAAGUUCAUACCUUGACAAAAUUCGUGAACUUGCAAAAGAAUUUUUUGCACUCCCAGAAGAGGAAAAGCAGAAGUAUGCUCGAGCUGUUAAUGAAUCUGAAGGGUAUGGGAAUGAUAGAGUAGUUUCGGACAAGCAGGUUCUUGACUGGUCCUAUCGCCUAUCACUUCGAAUUUUUCCAGAAAAAAAACGAAGGCUUUCUCUUUGGCCCAAAAUUCCUUCUGAUUUUAGUGAGAAAUUAGAGGAUUUUUCGGCGAAAGUGAAAUCAAUGAUGGAUUAUCUCUUGAGAUCCAUGGCAAGGUCACUGAAUUUGGAAGAGGGUAGCUUCCUGGACCAGUUUGGUGAAGAAUCAUUGAUGCUGGCGAGGUUCAACUUCUAUCCACGUUGUUCUAGGCCUGAUUUGGUCCUUGGCGUCAAGCCUCACACAGAUAGAUCAGGAAUCACAGUCCUAUUGCAAGACAAAGAAGUGGAAGGUCUUGAAGUUCUGAUAAAUGACAAUUGGGUCAGUGUUCCCACAAUGCCCGAUGCCUUUGUUGUCAAUCUGGGCGAUCAAAUGCAGAUCAUGAGUAAUGGAAUAUUCAAGAGCAUAAUGCACAGGGUUGUGACAAACACAGAAAAGAUGAGGAUGUCUUUGGCAAUGUUCAAUGAACCAGAUCCUGAGAACGAGAUUGGACCUGUAGAGGGUCUUAUAGAUGAGUCGCGGCCUAGGUUAUACAGAAACGUUAAAUGUUAUGGUGACAUCAACUACAAGUGCUAUCAAGAGGGAAAGAUUGCACUUGAGACUGUCAAAAUUGAAGAUAAUUCUGAUUAAAGGUGAUGAGAUUUUCCAACCGCUUGGAAAAGUCUUUGAUGUUUUUGUAAUUUAAAUCAAACUAUAAAAGAAAAAUAUGUAUGGUUCAGUUGCUUUGAAACCAUAACUAGUAACAUUGCCUCGUGCGAAAUGUUAGCAAGUUAAUGCGUUUUAUAGCAAUUCUUGAAAAUGGUAGCAGAAACAGCUAUUUCGUAUGCUUGACAGCUAGGUUAGCCUAGACAUUAAA